GCAGAGUUCUCACCCACUUGCGCGCGCGCUGCUGCUGAUGCUGGAGUACACGCCGCGUGGGUUUCAUUUUAGCCGCACUUUCGUUUUGUCGUGGACGCAGGAUGAAGAGGAUAAUACAACAAUUAUAAGGAUUUUUGGUUUGUUUUUUUGCAGAAGGGAUGAAGUGCUGCUAGUUUCACAGUCGGUGCCAACUAUGUCCAAACCGAUGGAUCACGUCAAACGUCCGAUGAACGCCUUCAUGGUGUGGUCCAGAGCCCAGAGGAGGAAGAUGGCUCAGGAGAACCCCAAGAUGCACAACUCGGAGAUCAGCAAGCGGCUGGGCGCCGAGUGGAAACUCCUCACCGAGUCCGAGAAGCGGCCCUUCAUCGACGAGGCCAAGCGGCUGCGCGCCAUGCACAUGAAGGAGCACCCCGACUACAAGUACCGGCCCAGGCGGAAGCCCAAGACCCUGAUGAAGAAGGACAAGUUCUCCUUCCCGGUGCCGUACAACCUCGGCGAGCACGACGCGCUCAAAGUCGGCGGCCUCUCCGCGGGGUGCCUGGCCGACAGCGUCAUGGGGCACCCGGACAAGGCGGCUGCCGCGGCCGCCGCCGCCGCCGCCCGUGUCUUCUUCAACCCGUCCAUGUCCACGAACCCUUACUCCUUUUUCGACCUGGGCUCCAAGAUGACGGAGCUUUCCCCGCACUCGUUCCCUUACGCGUCCCCGCUGGGGUACCCGCCCGCCGGGGCCACGUUCACGACGACGGGAGGCGUCGGCGGAGGGACGCACACCCACACGCACCCUUCCCCCGGGAACCCGGGGUACAUGAUCCCUUGCAACUGCUCGGCGUGGCCCUCCGCCGGACUCCAGCCACCCCUCGCGUACAUCCUGCUCCCCGGGAUGGGGAAGCCUCAGCUCGAACCUUAUCCCGCCUACGCCGCGGCGUUAUGAUCAACCCCCAAGUUGGAACAAAAAAACAACAACAAAAAAACACUAACUAUUGGUGCAAUAGUUAGAUUAUGCAUGCACAAACUUGAACAUGUGGUGACGUGUGCAUACAUGUAUUACAUCUAUGGAUGAAUAGUGCAGAACUCGCCAAACUUUUGCCAAAGGGAGAACAGAGACAAAUCGGCAUGAGGCGUGAAAAAAAAAAAAUGAAAAAAAUACCUUGUGUCCACUUUGCACCUGUUGGACACGCCCGGUGCAGGUCCGUGGAUUGCGACACACUCCUGUGCACCUGCAAGACAAAAUUGUACAAAAAGUUCAUGUACCGCCUAUAGGCUUAUACAAGCAGGAACAUUUAGCAUCAUGUGUACAUUUAGAGUUUUUAAACCCCUUUUCUAGAUGUCUGUAAUAUUUAUUGUUUAGUGGAAUCUAUGGUGAGCAAAUAAAAAGAGCAAGACUGCAUUUGCACAUGUGAGAGGAUGUAAUUUAUUUCAGAUUCCAAAACAUCCACCUCUUGUAUCAUGUGCAACACACAAAAAAGAACUUUUUUUUUUUUUUUUACUAACUCCCAUGGAAUUUGUAUGUUUUGUGCUUGUUAUGAUGUAUUGUUCAUCAUCAUAACAAUACAGUUCUUGGAUUAAAAGGUAAUUACUUUUGUGUGCUGUCCAUGGUGAAGUGUAAGAUAUCAUCCACCCCAAAAAAGGCCGCUUUCCCCAAAUUUGUUUUUAUUUUGCUUUAAGAAAGAAAACAAACAUAUUUGUAUUUAAAGUGCAUGCACCCCUAAAAGUGC